GAAGUAUAAAAGCCGACCUCAUCCCAUUCACUCAUCUGUUCUUUUCCCCUUUCACCAUUUCUCUUCCUCAUCACCACCUUCUCUCCAGCCCAACUAACCCAGCUUCAAGCAUAACAACAGCAGUAACAUCACUUCCUCCGCGCAUAAUCCCGUCUCAGUAAUUUCUCUACUCCCUCUAUUAUAAACCACAAUGUGCGGAAUCUUUGCUUAUCUCAACUAUUUGACUGCCGUGGAUCGCCAGACCAUUGCCGACAUCCUCACCAAUGGCCUCAAGCGCCUUGAAUACCGUGGAUAUGACUCUGCUGGCCUUGCCAUCGAUGGCGAUGGCGAGAAGGAAGUCUUGAUCUACAAGGAAGUCGGAAAGGUCGCUUCCCUCCAGAAGUUGGUUGAAGAGCAAAAGACGAUCAACUGGCAAAAGACCUUCACCUCCCAUUGCGGCAUGGCCCAUACCCGCUGGGCCACUCACGGUCAGCCUUCGCGUAUCAACUCUCACCCUCACCGAUCGGAUCCUAAGAACGAAUUCACGGUCGUCCAUAACGGCAUCAUUACCAACUACCGCGAGCUCAAGCUUGUUCUCGAGAAGAAGGGCUACACCUUUGAGAGCGAGACCGAUACCGAGGCCAUUGCCAAGCUGGCCAAGUACAUCUGGGACUCUCAGAAGGGCAACAAGCAGUUGACCUUCACCGAUCUCGUCAAGGGUGUUGUCAAGGAGUUGGAGGGAGCCUUCGCCAUGAUCUUCAAGAGUGUUCACUUCCCCAAUGAGGUUGUCGCCACCCGUCGCGGCUCGCCCCUUCUUAUUGGUGUCAAGACCCCCAAGAAGCUGAAGGUUGACUUUGUCGAUGUCGAAUUCGGAGGGAUCGCGGAAGAGAUCCCAGACGUUGAGGGUACCGCCGAGCCCCUGAACACCCUUGAGGUUCCUCAGUUGCGUCGCAGCGAGUCCCGCGCCUUCUUGAGCGAGGAUGGCCUUCCUCAGCAGAUUGAGUACUUCUUGGCCUCAGAUCCCUCGGCUGUGGUCGAGCACACCAAGACCGUCCUGUACCUCCUCGACGACGACAUCGCCAACAUCCGCGAGGGCGAGCUCCGCAUCCAUCGCCUCCGCCGCGAUGACGGCAUCUCCUCCAUCCGCUCCAUCCAGACCUUGGAGAUCGAGCUGGCAGAGAUCAUGAAGGGAUCGUUCGACCACUUCAUGCAGAAGGAGAUCUACGAGCAGCCCGACUCUGUCGUCAACACCAUGCGUGGCCGCGUCAACUUUGACACCCACAAGGUCACUUUGGGAGGCCUCAAGUCGUACCUGCCCACCAUCCGCCGUUGCCGCCGCAUUGUGUUCAUUGCCUGCGGAACCAGUUACCACAGUGCUCUUGCUACCCGCGCCAUCUUUGAGGAGCUGACCGAGAUCCCCGUCUCGACCGAGCUGGCCAGCGACUUCCUGGACCGCAAGACCCCCAUCUUCCGCGACGACGUGUGCGUGUUCAUCUCCCAGUCCGGCGAGACUGCCGACACCAUCCUUGCGAUGAGAUACUGCCUUGAGCGUGGUGCUCUCUGCGUCGGUGUCACCAACACUGUCGGAAGCUCGAUCUCGCGCGAGUCGCACUGCGGUGUCCACAUCAAUGCUGGUCCCGAGAUCGGAGUCGCGUCCACCAAGGCCUAUACCUCCCAAUACAUUGCCCUGGUCAUGAUUGCCAUCCAGCUAUCGGAGGACCGCACGUCAAUGACAACCCGCCGCAACGAGAUCAUUGACGGUCUCCAUGCGCUCCCGUCGCACAUUAAGGAGGUGCUGGCCAUCGACCAGGAGCUCCAGCGCCUUGCCAAGGAUGUGCUGCACAAGGAGAAGAGUCUGCUGAUCAUGGGGCGUGGGUUCCAGAACGCGACGUGCCUGGAGGGAGCGCUGAAGAUCAAGGAGGUCUCGUACAUGCACAGCGAGGGCAUCUUGGCGGGCGAGCUGAAGCAUGGACCCCUUGCGCUUGUGGACGAGAACAUGCCCGUUAUCCUGAUCAUGACGCGCGACUCGCUGUACCCCAAGGUCCGGUCUGCGUUGGAGCAGGUCACGGCCAGGAAGGGCCAGCCGAUCAUCAUCUGCAACAAGGGUGAUGAUGCCAUCAGCCCCGAAACCAAGACGAUCCGCGUUCCCCAGACGAUUGACUGUCUUCAGGGCCUGUUGACCAUCAUCCCUCUCCAGCUUCUGUCGUACCACCUUGCUUGCUUGGCUGGCGUCGAUGUCGACUUCCCUCGCAACUUGGCCAAGUCUGUCACCGUCGAGUAA